GUGCGCAGCGUGUCCCCGCCUCCUCUCCCGGCAGUGGCGGCGGCGGAGGCUCAGUUUAUGUAGCGCUGUCCGGCUGUGGCUGGCUCGGUGUCCGGGGCUGUCGGUGGGGUGUUUGGUAGCAGGGCGUGGGCUUCUUCCCAUGCGGCGGAAACAGAAGCGGCUUUUGCAGGCGGUGGGGCUGGGGCUGGUCGCCCUGCUCUUCCUGCCCAACGUGGGUCUGUGGUCUCUGUACAGAGAGAGGCAGCUGGAGGGCGCAGGGGGCAGCAGCAACGGGGACAGCCAGGUUGCACUGAUACGACAUAAGGAUGAAUACGUCAAUGACAAAGUACUGGGGAAGAAGGACUGGCACGACUAUGAGUACAUUAGACAAGACCAUGAUCGAAUAGGAAAUGGCGAGCAGGGGAAACCGUUCUCAAUGACAGAUGCAGACCGCGUGGAACAAGCAUACCGCGAGAAUGGCUUCAAUAUAUACGUCAGUGAUAAAAUCUCACUUAACAGGUCUCUUCCAGACAUCCGGCACACCAACUGCAAGAACAAGCUCUAUACGGCUAAGCUGCCAAACACCAGCGUGAUUAUCCCCUUCCACAACGAGGGCUGGUCCUCCCUCCUGCGCACCGUGCACAGCGUACUCAACCGCUCUCCCCCGGAGCUCAUCGCCGAGAUUGUGCUUGUGGAUGACUUCAGUGACAAAGAUCAUCUGAAAAAACGCCUGGAAGAUUACAUGGUCAAUUUUCCCAAAGUAAGAAUAGUCCGCACGAAGAAGAGAGAAGGCCUCAUUCGCACACGUAUGUUGGGGGCCUCUGUGGCGAUUGGAGAAGUGAUCACUUUUCUGGACUCGCACUGUGAGGCCAAUGUGAACUGGCUCCCUCCACUGCUGGAUCGUAUAGCCCAGAACCGCAAGACUAUCGUGUGCCCUAUGAUUGAUGUCAUCGAUCACGACAAUUUUGGAUAUGAAACACAAGCUGGAGAUGCCAUGCGGGGGGCCUUUGACUGGGAGAUGUUUUACAAACGCAUCCCGAUUCCCCCUGAAUUAUUGAACUCCGAUCCCAGUGAGCCUUUUGAGUCUCCCGUCAUGGCCGGUGGAUUAUUUGCUGUGGAGAAAAAAUGGUUCUGGGAGCUCGGAGGAUACGACCCAGGGUUGGAGAUUUGGGGAGGAGAGCAGUAUGAAAUAUCUUUCAAGGUUUGGAUGUGUGGAGGCCGCAUGGAAGAUGCACCAUGCUCACGAGUUGGACAUAUAUACAGAAAAUAUGUGCCGUACAAGGUUCCCGCUGGUGUCAGCUUGGCGAGGAAUUUAAAGAGAGUCGCUGAAGUUUGGAUGGAUGAGUAUGCAGAAUACAUCUACCAGAGACGUCCAGAUUACCGCCAUCUCUCACCAGGGGAUGUGGCUUCUCAGAAGGAACUACGCACCAAGCUAAACUGUCAAAAUUUCAAGUGGUUCAUGACCAAGGUGGCGUGGGACUUGUCCAAAUACUACCCUCCUGUAGAACCUCCAGCAGCUGCCUGGGGAGAGAUUCGGAACAAGAAGAUCAGCUUGUGUAUAGAUGGUAAGCACGGAUCUAUGGGUUCUGAGCUGCGCCUGGACACCUGCACCAAGGGACGUAAGGCUGAUGCAUGGAGUAGCCAGCAGGUGUUCACAUUGGGCUGGAGGGAGGACAUUCGCCCUGGAGACCCCUUACAUACAAAGAAGGUUUGCUUGGAUGCCAUAUCACACACAAGUCCAGUCACACUUUUCGAUUGCCACGGGAUGAAAGGGAACCAGCUGUGGAAGUAUAGAAAGGACAAGACCAUUUAUCACCCCACCAGCAACAGCUGCAUGGACUGCAAUGAGUCUGACCGCAAGAUAUUCAUGAAUAUUUGCAAUCCUAGCUCCCCUACACAGCAAUGGACUUUUGAGAACACCAAUCUCACAGUCUUAGAGACCUUCAACCGUGACCGGGGCUUAUAACAGCCGAGGAGAAAGGAUUAUACAUAUAUAAAUAGGAAUAUAUAUAUUUUAAAUCUAUAUUUUUUACUGUUGGGUGAGAUAAUGGUUUUCUUCUGGCAAAAAGAUUUCUUUUUUUCAUUUUUUGUUUCCCAUUUGUGUAAGGCCCCUUUCACAAGGGCAUCGCGGAAGAGGUCUGAAUGCGUUGCGGAAAACCGGCGCGAGUGCGCACGCAAUUUCAGUCAGUUUUGUCUGCGAUUGCGUUGUUCAGUUUUUUCUGCGCGAGUGCAAAGCGUUUUAAUGCGUUUUGCAUGCGCG